UAGUCAUAUCAAGUCGUAGAUCUUCCGGAUUCGAUUCUGUUUUCCCUUUCCGUCCGUUAAUGGAACGAAACCAGCUUCCUCUAAAACAAAUCUUUCAUCUUUCAUAGUCGCAUGAAGAUUGGCUUUCCUGUUCUACCUAAAGUAAGCUCUUUACCUACUUAAAUAUCGCUUUCGCCAUCUCUGAUCGCUCAUCUCGAAGAUGUCGAGCUCAGUGGUGUAUUGGGCGAAUGCUUGGAGCAUGCCCAUGACCGGUCUCCAGCGUGCCUCGCGCUUGGGGGGUUUAUUGCCAGGCUGCAGGAGCUGGUGUUCAUGUUCGUCUAGUAGGAAGAUUCUUUGUGCCUCCACGGCGCUUCCAAGGAAUUUGGGAGACGGGCUUGCUUCCUUAGAAAGCAACAGCUCCAAUGUUGGUGAGAAUUCAUUGGAAGGUACACAUGUCAAUGAUGAAACCAACAUUCUAAUUGAGUGCAAAGAUGUCCACAAAUCCUUUGGAGAGAAGCAAAUAUUAAGAGGUUUGAGCUUCAAGAUUAGACAUGGUGAAGCUGUGGGAAUUAUUGGUCCUUCUGGAACUGGCAAGUCUACGGUGCUCAAGAUUAUGGCUGGACUGCUAGCUCCAGACAGGGUUCAAUCCUUCAAUCUAGGGGAAGUUCUCAUAUGUGGAAGGAAAAGACAUGGAUUAGUUGAUGAUGAGGAGAUAGCAGGUCUUCGAAUUGGUUUGGUUUUUCAGAGUGCAGCGCUUUUUGAUUCACUUACAGUUCGUGAGAAUGUUGGUUUCCAACUGUAUGAAAAUGCAAGGAUGCCGCAAGAUAAAAUCGCAGAGCUUGUCAAGGAAAAUCUGGCUGCUGUUGGGUUGAAGGGGGUGGAGGAUAGGUUGCCUUCUGAGUUAUCUGGUGGCAUGAAGAAACGGGUGGCAUUAGCCCGAUCUAUUAUAUAUGACAAUACAAAGGAGAUAGUUGAGCCAGAGGUACUACUAUAUGAUGAACCCACUGCAGGUCUAGAUCCGAUUGCGUCCACUGUUGUUGAAGAUCUCAUCCGCUCGGUGCAUCUGAAAGGAGAGAGCGCCACUAGAAGGCUUGGAAAGAUCGCAUCCUAUGUUGUUGUUACUCAUCAACAUAGCACCAUUAGAAGAGCUGUUGAUAGAUUGCUUUUUCUGUAUGAUGGAACGAUUGUUUGGGAAGGAAUGACUCAGGAAUUCACUACUUCAACAAAUCCAAUAGUUAAGCAGUUUGCUUCGGGGAGCUUGGAUGGGCCAAUCAAGUAUUGAAAACAUUUUUCUCAUUAUCAUUUUAUUCAUUGGAGACCUAUUGAAGCUCUCUGUUCUGGACUUUGCCGCCUCAGGAAUUAUGCUAAAGCUUCUGCAGAACAUUGCUCCAUAUGCUUUCUGACUGGAAUCAAUUUGUGCUAUUCUUUUAUGGGCAUUUCGGCACCUGUUAUCGUUGUAAAUGGUAAGAAAUUCUUACAAGAUAUAAAUACGUUAGAUAAUGAGGCGUUAAGAAAACUGAGAUAAUUGUAACAGGUCCCAUGUCCGAUUUUGAUUAGAAUAUCCUGUAAAGUAAUUUCAGUCCAGAAGCCAUGUUUCCCAA